AUGUCGGGACAACCUAGCGCGCUACAGAACGUUAGAACUAACCUAAAGGCUCGUGCUGUUUCAAACUUGACGAAGAUGAGAGAUGUGGCCAAAGAAAUCUUCCGAAACCUGCAGCACACGUCGAAGACAGCCAAGGAAGAAGUGGAGAAAUUUGAGUCGCUCACGAAUCAGCGCGACGGGCUCCUCCACUUGCUCUGCUCGUUCCAGGUGGAGCUGCGAGAAAACGUCGCGGAGCUGAACAAGAUUGUCGAAGUGAAGAAGAAGAUCGACGAUGUCAAGUCCAAGAUCGAUGACAGCGAUGCAGCGCUCAAGACGUUCGGUCGAAGCCUCAAGGAUGCAGCUGGGGUCCUGCAGGAGGCCCUUAAGACUUCUUCGAACACUGAGAGGGUGGUGGAAGUGGAGGUGGAGGAUCUGAUCAAGUACGCGCAUGUCAUCAGCUACACCUCCUCGGCGCAGGAGGGCUGGGAGCCCAACACGCCUCUCGUCGGAGCGCUUCCUCCCGCUCCUCACUCCGAUGUCAUGGCCCGCAGUCGCCUUUUCUCCGCCGUUCGGCCGAAACGGGUGGAGCGAGAGCCGGUUCAGAGCAGCUCGGCAGUGAUACAGCUGGACUUGUCGGAGGCGAUGGCAGCCAGCCAGGUGGACACCAACCUGGGGAAGCGACAGUCGCCCGAGGAUGAGAUGGAGGAGAAGAUGCUCAAGAUCUGGAAUUACCCGCUGCAGGACGCCGAGCAGGAGAAGAGUGAAGCCGACGCGGAGGACAAGGAGGACGAGGUGAUGAAGGAGCCUGCGAGGCCCCGCAAGAAGCAGUUCGUGAUCCAGCCCUUCUCCAUGUGCAUCAAGGAGAGCUCGUGGAAGGAGAAGAACAUUCAAGUGCUCGGGGACCUCGACGAGAACUUCAACUGUGCUGUGACCAUGCCGGAGAUGCCCGCCAUGUGGCGCCCCGGCGAUCCUGUGGUCAUCACCCCCGAAGACUGA